AUGGAGUUCAUUACUUCUUGGGCCAUUGUUUUAGCUAUGGCAUGGCUAGCUGCUCUACUACUCUUUUUCCCCUUUCGAUCCCACAAGCUAAAACUUCCACCAGGUCCCAAACCUUGGCCCAUCAUAGGCAAUCUAAACCUUAUUGGCCCCCUCCCUCACCAAUCCCUACAUAAAUUGUCACAAAAAUAUGGACCAAUUAUGCAGCUUAAGUUUGGCUCCUUCCCAGUUGUGGUUGCCUCAUCAUCGGAGAUGGCAAAGCAAUUCCUAAAGACAUAUGAUCGCAUCUUCGCCUCUAGACCCCAAACUGCCGCCGGGAAGUACACCACUUAUAACUAUACCGAUGUCACAUGGGCACCUUACGGACCAUAUUUGCACCAAGGGCGUAAGAUACUUAUGUCCGAGCUAUUUAGUUCAAAAAGACUCGAGUCCUACGAGUAUAUUCGUGUUGAAGAAAGGCGUGCUCUCUUCUCACGCCUAUUCGCCUUGGCCGGGAAGCCAGUCACGGUGAAAGAGCAUAUCUCGCGGCUCACUCUAAGCAUUAUCAGCAGGAUUGUAUUGGGUAAGAAGUAUUUCAGUGAAUCUGAAUAUGAGACUGAAACUUCAAAAGUAAGGCUCAAGGAAUUCCAACAAAUGUUGGACGAGCUGGUCUUGCUUAAUGGGGUGUUGAACAUAGGGGACUGGAUACCCUGCCUCGAUUCCUUGGACGUGCAGGGAUACGUGAAGCGAAUGAAGGCUGUGUCCAAAAAAUAUGAUCAAUUCUAUAACCACGUUUUAGAUGAACACACGGCAAAGAGAGAAGGAGUGAAAGAUUUUGUUCCAAAGGACUUGGUGGAUUUUUUAUUGCACUUGGCUGAUGAUCCCAAUAAUGAUGUUAAGCUUACCAAUGACAAUAUCAAGGCGUUGACUCUGGAUCUCAUAGUAGGAGGCACAGAUACCGCUGCGACUACAGUUGAAUGGGCAAUGUCGGAACUCCUGAAGCAACCGCACCUCAUCAAAAAGACCACUGAAGAGCUGGAUAGGGUUAUUGGGAAAGACAGAUGGGUAGAAGAAAAAGAUAUCCCGCAACUUCCUUAUAUCGAUGCAAUUAUGAAGGAAACAAUGAGGAAACACCCUGCUGCCGCAAUGCUUGCACCGCACUUAGCUCUUGAAGAUUGUAACAUAGCUGGUUAUGAUAUUCGUAAAGGAAGUACAGUCUUCAUAAACGCAUGGGGUAUGGGAAGAGACCCUUCAAUAUGGGAUGCACCGGAAGAGUUCCGCCCGGAGAGGUUCUUAGGAAAGGCCAUUGAUGUGAAGGGACACAAUUUUGAGCUAUUGCCAUUUGGUUCAGGAAGAAGGAUGUGCCCUGGUUACAGCCUUGGACGGAAAAUGAUUACCUCUAGCUUGGCUAACAUGUUGCAUGGAUUUGAAUGGAAUUUGCCGGACAAUACGAAGGCAGAAGAUUUGAGUAUGGAGGAAGUUUAUGGUUUGGUUACAUCUAGAAAGCUCCCGCUAGUUGCAGUCAUGAAGCCACGGCUCCCACUUCAUCUUUAUUAGUUGUCACUUUUAGCUAGCACGAUCAAUUAUCCAUCUUGUAUCCGCUUUUU